UGUGUUUGUGUUAAUUUUGGAAAAUAUUUUUAUACAUUUUGUAAAUGUUAAACGCGAUCAACACCGGACUAUUUUUUAAUAUAAAUUUAGGUAUGUUAUUGUGUUGUUCGAAAACUGUGCUUAGUAGUGUCGCCGACUCCCCCUCAAGGUCAAACAAGUAAAGGAUAGUGGUAACUAGGAAACGCAAACACUCACCUGUGCUGGUGGUUAAUCCAGGUUCCGGCGGCUGGAGUUGGUUGUAAAAGCACUACAACACGAAGACGGCUUCAUAUAGCUGGUGGCCCACGUUAUAUAGCACCUGUGGACGCGGCGCAGCCACUUUACGCCGCCACUCACGUUUCGGGGGCGGCUUCAAACAGUGAAUAUCGACAAUGUCAGCAUCGUUCGGCACCGAUUACACUGACAAAUUAUCCUUCGUGGCUGAGUGGUUCGACUACGAGUCGGCUUAUCAAAAGCGGCUCCUUCUCAAUUAUUACCCAUGUGACAGCACAAUUGAACUAUACGACAUCGAUCUGAAACGCAUAUUCCUGAAACGGUCAUUCUACGAGGGCUUGCAGCGGAAGGACGUCUUCGUCGGGAACACCAUCCGCAUUUACGGCCGCCAACUCAAAAUCACCGACUACGCCGACUGCCGCACCAAACAGGUUAUCGGCAACACUAGACAGCACACCUUCGGUGUGAUCAAGCCCAGCAUAAUCGACAAAAUCGGGGAAGUUUUCAACCAGAUCCAAGACCGACAUUUCGAGAUUAUUAAAGUGCGGAUGUGCCAUUUGCAACAAAGUGAGUGUUUGGAGCUUUACGACCACCUCCGGGGCUCCGCUUUCCUGCCCUUCGUCGUAGAUUACGUGACUUCGGGGCCCAUAGUGGCCUUGGAGUUGGUGGGCGACGACGCGAUCAAACGCUGGAAGGAGAACGUCGGCCCCACGGACCCGGUUGAAGCCAGACGGACGGCCCCCAAUAGCCUGAGGGCCAUCUACGGGCUGGAAAAGGCGCUGAAUGCUUUCCACGCUGCCGACGAUUGUGACAGCGCUACGAAGAAAAUACAGUUGUUCUUUCCGGAAGACGGAAGGAAGGCUCCGCGAACCACGCUGAAGCUGAAAAAUAGCACUUGUUGCGUUGUCAAACCGCAUGCUAUUAGCGAGGGGAAGUUGGGAUACAUUAUCAGUUUCAUAACGGAUUCACACUUCAAGAUUACGGCGAUGCAGGCGUUUUAUUUGAAUAACGCUAACGCGGAGGAGUUUUUGGAGGUGUAUAAGGGGGUUGUGAGCGACUUUAAUGCUUUGUUGUUGAGUUUUUUGGAAGGACCGUGUAUUGCGUUGGAAAUUUCGGCGAAGAAUGAUGAUAUUGAUGUUCAUGGGGAGUUUAGGAAGUUCGUAGGGCCGAGUGAUUCGGAGGUGGCAAGGCAGAUCAGGCCUAAUUCGUUAAGGGCGAAAUUUGGAAUUGAUAAAUAUAAGAAUGCUGUCCACUGCACGGAUUUGAAGGAAGAUACAGAAUUAGAGCUGGAAUAUUUCUUCAAAAUUUUAAGUUAAUAUGUGUAGAAUUCAAAAUAAAUAUAUGUAUGUGUUGCACGAAAAAAUCAUUUCAUUUCUUACUUCAUUGUUGUAAGCGAGCACAGUGAGUUAAUCUAAGUGACCAAAGCUUUUUACAGUGUUAUACAUUAUUUUAUAUACGGAUUUGAGCAAAUAAAGAAUAUGCAUUUUA